UAUUAGGAACAAGAGGUGGAGCCAUGGGCAGAAAUAAAGGCCCAGGUCUGGGGAGCUAGUCACUCAGCCAGCAGCCCCUCCUUUCUUGCCCUAGUCUCCAGUCCUCCAGUAUUCACAGGUGAGCUCCCCAACGGCCACUGUUCACGAUGGAGGCCAUCAAGAAAAAGAUGCAGAUGCUGAAGCUGGACAAGGAGAACGCUCUGGAUCGGGCAGAGCAAGCGGAAGCUGAGCAGAAGCAGGCAGAAGAAAGAAGUAAGCAGCUGGAAGAUGAGCUGGCAGCCAUGCAGAAGAAGCUGAAAGGGACAGAGGACGAGCUGGACAAGUAUUCUGAAGCUUUGAAGGAUGCCCAGGAGAAGCUGGAGCUGGCAGAGAAGAAAGCAGCUGAUGCUGAGGCUGAGGUGGCCUCCUUGAACCGUAGGAUCCAGCUGGUUGAAGAGGAGCUGGACCGAGCUCAAGAGCGCCUGGCCACUGCCCUGCAAAAGCUGGAGGAAGCUGAGAAAGCUGCUGAUGAGAGUGAGAGAGGUAUGAAGGUUAUUGAAAACCGAGCCUUAAAAGAUGAAGAAAAAAUGGAACUCCAGGAAAUCCAACUCAAAGAAGCUAAGCACAUUGCAGAAGAGGCAGACAGGAAGUAUGAAGAGGUGGCUCGUAAGUUGGUGAUUAUUGAGGGAGACUUAGAGCGCACAGAGGAGCGAGCCGAGCUGGCAGAGUCCCGUUGCCGAGAGAUGGAUGAGCAAAUCAGACUGAUGGACCAGAACCUGAAGUGUCUGAGUGCUGCUGAAGAAAAGUACUCUCAAAAAGAAGACAAAUAUGAGGAAGAGAUAAAGAUUCUUACCGAUAAACUCAAGGAGGCAGAGACCCGUGCUGAGUUUGCUGAGAGAUCGGUAGCCAAGCUGGAAAAGACAAUUGAUGAUUUGGAAGAUGAGCUCUAUGCCCAGAAACUGAAGUACAAGGCCAUUAGCGAGGAGCUGGACCACGCCCUCAAUGACAUGACCUCUAUAUAAUUAUCACCGUUUCUGCUCUGUUCUGGAUCUACCCCCUUUCCUCGGGGAACCCAACGCCCCACUCUCGCUCUGGAUUCCAUUUGGGUCAGCCUGGCUGAUCCCCAAGGCAUUAAGAUGGGCGGGGGGCGGGGAGGUGGCCACAAAACAACUUAUGUAUUCUCUUCCACCCCUCACCCCAAAUUAAAAUGUUAAGCUGCCGGAAGCCUCAUGCUACCCUGCAUUUGUGUCAUUGACAAAGCUGCUGCUGUCCCUAAAAAGGAGCCUUGGGGGUGUGAUGUGGGGCGCAGCUAUUGUAGGCUCUCCCUCCUCUGACUUAUAUAAUCAAAGCCACUUUUGUGUGUGUCUAUUUUUUCUUGACAUUUAAAUUCAACUGAUCUAUCAGAGUGGUAGACUAGGAGAGGUUCCUUAGAACAGGAGCUCUAGUUUGACACUCAAGCUGAAUGAAAUUAUCUAAGUCCUUUACUUCCAGGUUCUUAAAUCGUCCUGUCUGGAAUGUGUGUCUUCUGCUUAGGUUCUUCUUUUAGAGGCCACUGAAGUACCUCUCAAUAUAUCCUCUCUAUCCUUUUACCAGUGGUUCAUCCUCAGAAUACUUGGUGGACCCAAAUAUGUGACUGCUGAAAUUGACUAAGUAUAUUGCCCCAAGUCAGAGAACAUACAUAAUAGGUAGAAUUCCCAGCAGUUACAAACCUUUCUUACAUAUCUGAGGCUCACUACUAUUUGCCUGCUAGUAUAUGCUAAUGGAAUAUAAGUGAUAAAUGAUUGUUACUGGAAAAAUGAAAACAAUCAGUAAUGCAUAUUUCAAAUAUUAUACACAGGUACCACUUUUUUAGUACAUGCAUAAAUAUGGUAAAUUGCUUCUAGUAGGAUUGUUCCUAAAUUCAUGUUGUGGAAUUAAAUACCAACCUUCCGGAAAUUCCUAUGCUGAUUUACAUAGCAGAGAUAGUUUAAUCUCAGUAGGGUAAUCAUAGAUUAUACUUAUCUAAGUACCUAAGUGUAAUCCACUUAGUACUUCAGUUUCUUAGCAUAGUAUAUAUUUAAAAUUUGGCUUUCUUUUAAACAGAUACAGCCAGGUCUAGAGGUUUUCUCUAAUUUAAAACUUUAGGUCCCAUUGAAUUCGGUUUUCUUUCUGUCUAUACCAUUUCUUUUUGCCAUACAGCCUUUGUGAUUAAGGUACAGGUUAUCACUAGUUUAGGCACAGGGUAUUAAGACGGAGGCAUCUUCCUUACUCUCAGGUCGCUCAGAAUCUAGUAGGAGAGAAAACAUAUGUAUAAAACUAAAGAUGAUGUGUGAUGAGUACCCCAAAUAAUGUAGUACCCUCAGAGGGAGGAAGAGGUUGAUUGCAGUGCUGGUGAUAAGAAAAGUGUCAUGAUAGGAGGCACAUACCAGUUACUUAAUAAACAUGUUAAAACUUUCCUCUUCAUUUUUACUGGAUUCCAAAAGAUUGCAUUUUUGACAGUUUGGUUGAAGGAAAGUGGAUCUUGAGCAUUUUCAUCAGGGAAGCAAAAGAACAAAGGCUAGAAUUGGGAAGGACACCAGAGGUUUAAGGGUCCAUUUAGAUAAACUAGGGAAUACGUAUAUGCUGUAAUCAGGCUCGGGAGUUUUAAUUUUGUUUUGUAGGUGAUGGGGGUACCACUAGAGAUUUUGAACAAGGAUGUGUUCUGAAUGGAAGAGUUAAUUUGGCAACUAAGUUAAGAACAUAUUGGGAGAAAAAAAAAAAAGAACAUAUUGGAAAGGGAGCAGAUUAUCAAAGUGAUCCAUUAAGGCAGUGAUUCCCAGAUUUUGUUCAUUUGCAUACCACUUUUGACUGCUUUUUCCAUAUUUACAUGCAGGCUACAUUAUUUUUUUUUAAUUUACUCAUUUUAAAAUUUCUUAUGCUAAAAAAAAAAAUUCUUACACUACACAAUUCUAACUUGAAAUCAAAAGUUUUGACAUGUGCUAGUGUUUUUUUCCUAAUGAACAUUAAAGUCAUAUAGCUAAUUAAGUUCACAAAAGUAUGCUGUCUGCAAUCUUCUCACAUAUCACUAACAGUGACUGUACCACAGUUUAGGAAAUACUUGGUUAUGUUAUUGCAGUUUCCUGGGGAGAAAAAUCUGACCUAGAUAGUGGUAUUAGGGGAUGGUGCUGACCAUGGGCAUUAUGAAGGGUGGUCACCAAAUGCAAGAAGGAAGCAUCAAGGAUGACUGGUUUUGAACCUAGGGAAAUGGUGGUAUUAAAGGUGUAGGGAGGUCAUAUGGUCCUGGUUUAGGAAGGCAAGGGAAUAAGUCUGUAAAACUAGCUGGUAUCCAAGAUGAAAACAAAUCCUAGCACUUGAAGGGAAGAGUUUGAUACAAGAGAGAUUUAGGAGUCCGUGAGGUUGGCAGGCAGUUUAGGCCAUGGAAGUAAAUUUGAAUCCUAAAGACAAUUGCAAAUGUAAAACGAAAAACUAAGCAGAGGAAAAUCUGUGUAGAGGUGGAAGCCAAAUGGAACUGGUUGGAAGGAUAGAAGAAAUGAGUAACUUUUAAAAAAAUUUGAAUUACUCGGUGAUUUCCAGUGAUUCUCCACUUUAACAGGUAGAGAAGGAUGAUAAUUGAAAAUUAUGAAAACAUAAUUGUCAUUGAUGCUUUUUAUUAAUCUGAGGGUAUGUUUUGAGCAUUAAGGACAAGGAGAGGAGCCAUACUUCAAGGAGCAGAAGCAAAUUGAUGGAAAGGAAAAAAGAGGCAUGGAGUAUAGUCUAGAACAAUGAUGUCUGUCCGAACCUUUGACGGUGAUUUCCAGUAUCGCAGCCACCAGCCACAUGGGGCUGUUGAAUACUCAGUGUGGCUAGUGUGACCCAGGAACUAAAUUCUAAUUCUGCUUACUUUUAGUUCUGAAUUUAAUUAACCACAUGUGGCUAGUGGCUGCUGCGUUCAUUGUAUAGUACCAGCUGUUUUAGUAUGUGGGCAGAAGAAUGGACUUUGGCACAGAGGAAGGCUUCCAACAAAGGAAAGAACUAAGAAUGGAGAAAGAAGAGUGAGGUGUAGAAACCAUCUUUACUUGAGCCAAGACUUGCUAUGGGAAUAGGGUGAAGCAUCAGAGCAUUGGUAAUCUCAGAGCAAAGUGCCUCACCCCUUAACUUUCCUUAUCUUAAUUUCUAAGAAAAAAACACAGGCUGAUGUGUUGGGAUCCAUUCUUCCCUUCCUCGUUACCAUUGUUGGGACAAGGAAUAAAACAAAAUGAGACUGGAUCCCAGGUUACCUGACCGGUGGAACUGACCUGUUAUGUUAGUCAGCCUUGUCUUAGCCACACCCAGACUCUUCCAUUCACAUGAUAUUGGUUGAAUAUUCCUUAGCCUUAACAUGAGGGAGGAGUUAAAAAAAAAAAAAAAAGCAAAAUCUGUUUUACGUCAUUCCUUGAAUGUGAGUCUUUAACACUGAUAGA